GAUCCUCGCCUGUUGCGCAUGCUCGAAGUGUCCCGUUAGAAGCUCUGCUGCUGCACGCUGCACUAAAGGUUCAGUCAGAGGCUGUGACUUUGGUUUAGCUGGGGAAAUGGGUUAUUAAGUAUUUAUCAGGCUUCUGUCAAACAGGAGGUUAAUAGAGGAAACUGAGGGACACGAUGACAGCGAACGAGGAUCAGGAGAUGGAGCUGGAGGCUCUUCAGUCCAUUUACGGGGACGACGAAUGCUUCAAGGAGAUCAGUCCAGUUUCCUUCCAGUUCAGGAUAGGAGACCUUGAAGACGUCAAAUCCUUCAUCCUUGACAUCACAUGGCCAGAGUCCUACCCUGAUACGGCGCCAAACAUUUCCCUCGAUGCUUUCUUCAACAACAGAAUCUCCGCAGAAACCAAACAUACCAUCCUGUUGAAGCUUCAGGAGCAGGCGGAGGCCAACAUGGGCACCGCUAUGACGUACACUCUGUUCGAGUGGGCCAAGGAGAACCAGGAGGCUCUGAUGGAGAACCACAGACCCGUGGUCUCAGCUGUGACCCUGACAUCAAACUGCAACCUGAUCUCUGCCCCCUCAGCGAUGAAGAAGAAGGAGAAGAGGGAGCAGCUGACCAAAGCUCAGAAGAGGAGAAUAAUUAGCAGAACAGAUCAUAAGGGGGAACUGCCCAGAGGAUGGAACUGGGUGGAUGUGAUCAAGCAUCUGAGCAAAACGGGUGGAAGCGAUGACCAGGCCUGAGGACGGGGGGCUGGCCCCAUGGGGAUCUGGCCCCACGAAGUCCUGCUGCUGCAGCUCGCCCGCAUCAGGCGGUGCAGCCCGGUGGAGCCAUGGACACGGUUCGGGUUUGCGGGGGCUCAGCCCGUAAUCAGUGAGCGUCUACACACCACAGAGCGGUUGGCUGGGACUGUAGCAGCUGCUUCUGCUGGACUGUAGUGUGGUGUAGUUCUGUUACGUGAAGCGGUUUCUCUACCCAUCGUUUUAUGCUGAUUUACAGAAAGUCUGUUUAUAAAGAUGGGAGUUUUUGGCACCGUUGUUCAACUAAAACUUUCAUUAAAUGGUAUUUUUCAGUGA